CGCUCUUGCAGAGUAAAGUUGCACCAACUCGCUUCCUCUGAGAGCCACAGGUCAUGUCUUCGGACCCGUCUCCCUUCAGCUCCUCUGGGGUUCUGAUUUAUUUGGCCUGCCAGAACUCCACAGGAAACAAAGCCACCAACACCAUGUACUCUCUCCUCAGCAUCUUCCUCCUGCUGCCGCUCUACAUCCUCAUCCUCCGCAGGGGCUUCCAGCGAUGGAGGCGCUGCCUCAAGUUGAGCCACACCUACUUCAUGAUCGUCCUGGAAUCGGUGCUCAACACCUUCAGCCUGUACAUCAACAGUUUCAUCACCUUCAUGCUGGAGUUGUAUUUGUUCAGCAUCACGUUACUGACCCAGACGCUGUUCCACGUCCUGACCAGCCUGGAGCGCCACCUGGCGGUCGUUCACGCCGUCACCUACAUGCGCCUCAGAGAAUCAUUCAGACUCAGAGUCAGAAACUUCAGCACCGGUCGUGUUUGGCUGCUGGGGUUUGGCUGGGCCGGAGUCACAGCGUGGUACAGUCCUACGUUUCCCACAACCCCCUUCUUCUCCUUGCUGGGCCUCUGCGUUUCUGCUAUGAUGUUUUACUGCCUGUCUGUUCUUCCCGCUCUAACUGGGUCAAAACCCGGCAAGCGGCAGAUGGACCAGUCGAAGCAGAAGGCUUUCCACAUGAUCGUGGUCAUAACAGGCGCCCUGCUGCUGCGGGUCGGCAGCCUGUGCUUGUGUCUGGGUCUGACUGAGCUGGUUCCGAUGGAGCGAGGGGAUCUGUGUGCGGCGAUGGACUCAGGAAUAUGGUUCACGGUUCCCAGCAGUCUGGUUUUACCGCUGCUGUUUCUGCACAGUGCAAGAACACUGAUCUGCAGCCGAAUCAAACCUGCAGAGUAAAGAACCAGAGUUAGAAAGUUACUGAGAAUGACUGAGGGUUUCAAAUGUCACAAAAUCAGAAUAAAAAAAACAAAUA